GGUAGGGAAAACAAAGAAUUGGCGAGGAGGACCGUUACGCAGGUUGCCAUGACAUCAUCAUGGGUUGGCUAUAUAGCAGUGAGGACUAAUGCUCAAGAGUCAGAGAAGCACUUGAGCAGCUUUGGAGAAAAGGGCACGCUCAAUCUUACGUGUAACAGCUGACUGACUGACGCCACCGUUUCUUCUUUCUGAACUUCUGCGCAGAGGAGUUGCUGCACGAGUGCUAGAUUUGUCAAAAUGAACUUGUCAUACUUGGUUGCGUGUGGACUUUUGGUCACCCUGCUUUCAGAGAAGAUGGGGGCAAAACCUUUAACUCAAGCGCAGCAGAAGUCUCUUAGAAGUUUGCUUGGCGAGGAGCUGGCUGAGUUUCUGGAGUCGGAGGAGAGAGAGAGGAGGCUAGACACUGUGCGCUCAAGGAUGCGGUUACUGCGAGAUUUACGGAUGGACACCCGGGCCAGAGGGAUGUGGGCUCGUCUCCUUAACGACCAACCCGCAACGAGGAGACACAAAGCGGGGAGCAAGAAAGGGGGUUCCACGUCGCGGAGUGGCUGCUUCGGACUCAAAAUGGACCGGAUAGGAAGCAUCAGCGGCAUGGGCUGCUAGGGCUGGCGCAGCGUUGCGAUGAUCUCUGGACGAUGGGGCUGGACAACAAAAGUUGACUUUGUUCUCACCUGAGGAAAAAAUAAAGAAAGAAAAAAAAAGACAUCACCUGAUGAUUUUCGGUACGAUAAUGACCAUGACCAGCAUUAACAAAGACUGAG